AUGACUAAACCAAACAGAUCCCUGUGCUACUGCUUCGGUAGACAACUGAGCAAAGUAACACAGCAGGUGCUGAAUGUGAGUGUGUUGGAGGGGGAGCAGGUGACAGUGGAGGACACGGGUGGCCGGGAACCCUUCAUCCUUGCCAAUGAGUCGGUGUUGAUGAGAGGCCUCGUUCUCCGCAGCUGGAGCAACCAAAUCUCCAUCAGAUUUCGUGGUGACCAACAGCGCAACUCCAUGUUACUCCUGCUCCAUUACCAAGCCUUUGUGCUAAGCUGUGCGUUCCCCAAAGAGCCUGCCGGAGGAGAAGUUUCUGUGACGCACCUCCACGCUGGAGGAGAAGCCUACUUCAGCUGCUUCACCGGCUACAAGCUGCAAGGCCCCAAAAUGCUCACCUGCCGCAAUGCAACCACGCCUUACUGGAGUGGAAAGGAGCCCCGAUGUGUGGCAUCCUGUGGGGGGAUGAUUAAAAACGCCACCUAUGGUCGUAUCGUCUCUCCCGGUUUCCCUGGCAACUACAGCAACAACCUGACGUGCCACUGGGUCCUUGAGGCCCCUGAAGGCCAGCGGCUCCACAUCCACUUUGAGAAGGUGGCUCUGGCAGAGGAUGAUGACAGGCUGCUGAUUAAGAAUGGCAACAACAUAGACUCCCCCCCAGUGUAUGACUCCUACAAGGUUGAGUAUUUGCCCAAUGAGGGUGUGCUCAGUACCGGACGUUACCUGUUUAUAGAGUUCACCACAGACGGGACAUUGACCUCCACUGGAGCAGCCGUCAGAUAUGAAGCUUUUGCCAAAGGCAUGUGCUAUGAGCCCUUUGUGAAGUACGGGAACUUCAGCGGCAGCGACUCCGCCUACGGUCUGGGUGCAGUGGUGGAGUUCUCGUGCGACCCCGGCUACACGCUGGAGCAAGGCUCGGUAGUGAUCGAGUGUGUGGACGCACAAAACCCACAGUGGAAUGAGACGGAGCCGGCAUGUCGAGCUGUGUGCAGCGGGGAGAUCACGGACUCUGCCGGCGUGGUGCUGUCUCCUAAUUGGCCCGAGGCCUACGACAAGGGUCAGGACUGCAUCUGGGGCAUCCACGUGGAAGAGGACAAGAGGAUCAUGCUGGACAUCCAAGUUCUCCAUAUUGGUAAGAAUGACCUGCUGACCUUCUAUGAUGGAGACGACCUGACAGCCAACAUCCUGGGACAAUACAGUGGUACAAAGCCACACUUCAAGCUCUAUACCUCCAUGGCGGAUGUCACCAUUCAAUUUCAGUCCGACCCUGCCACCAACAUCUAUGGCUACAACAACGGCUUUGUGGUCCACUUCUUUGAGGUGGCGAGGAACGACACCUGCUCCGAGCUGCCGGAGAUCACCAACGGCUGGAAGAGCACGUCCCACCCUGACCUCAUCCACGGCACCGUCAUCACCUACCAGUGCUACCCUGGGUUUGAGCUGGUAGGCUCGGAGAUCCUCAUGUGCCAGUGGGACCUCACGUGGAGCGGAGAUGUGCCCAAAUGUCAGGAAGUUUUGACGUGUCAGGACCCAGGGAAUGUGGAGCACAGUCAUAAGGUGAUCGCAGGGAACCGUUUCGUCGUUGGAUCAACAGUGCAGUUCGUCUGUAAUAAAGGCUACAUCCUGUCCGGCAGCAGCCUGCUCACCUGCUACAACCGAGACUCAGCCACACCCAAGUGGAACGAGAGGCUGCCCAAGUGCACCCCUGAGAAGUACGAGCCAUGCAGGAACCCCGGCGCCGCCUCCACCAGUGAGCAGAGCUCUGAGAAGGCCUUCUACCAAGCAGGAGAGACGCUGAGCUUCUCCUGCCACUCGGGCUACGAGCUGCAGGGCCACGGCUCCAUCUACUGCAUCCCCGGACACCCGUCACAGUGGAACAGCACCCCCCCUGCCUGCAGAGCCUCAACCAAAUUUGUGAAUGAACGCAGGCUAGAUGUUGUAAAUAUGGAUUACAGCAUGGAUGGAACCAAUAUUGCCCUUGCAGUUUUUAUCCCGACUGCAAUCAUCCUGGUGGUUGUUCUCGGGAUUUAUGUCUACUUUGCAAAGAUCCAAGGGAAGACCAUCAGAAUGCCGACAUCCCUGCCGCCGUACAAUAACAUGACCGAAGAGUCAGCUUUCGACAACCCUGUGUAUGAGAGCGGACCCUGGCAGUCUCAUUCUAGAUACUAAACCCAGUUUGUUCACUUUGGCCGUACUGCUGAAGAACUUUGAGGGCAAAUGAAAAAGAAUAAAGGUGUCAAUUUAGAGACCUUUAAGAAAGAAUUGCUCAAGCUUUGUCUUUUGGGACCCUCUCUACACUGCUCAUAUUUUUUCCGCCAACCUUUUGUUCCAAAAUGAUUUAUUUCCAUUUUUCCCCUUUCGUGUGUAUUACUGUAAAUAUGUUUCUCUGUCCACGGUCUAAUCUGUGAAUCUGUGAACCACCAUGGUGAUAUUUUUAUAAAGUAAACAGGUGACGACCGUUGGUGAUUGUAUGUUUUUUGAUUACUUUUUCACGCCCUAAUGCAGUAACAAUUAGAGACUGAGGGGAAACGAUGCGUUGAUUGUUGAGAUCUGUUGGAAACCAAUAUCCAAUUAUCCAUAUUCUUUGGAAAUUUGACAUCAUUACUUUCUUUUCUUCGUGUGUAUGGGUCUGCUAUUUGUAAAUAAACUGCCUGUCCAAUAAGAGUGCCUCACGACUGACUAUAACCUGAAAAUCACGUGUGAAAAUGUUUGUAAGAAAAUUGAUAUUUUUUGUUUAACUGUUAUUUUGUAGGCCUGACAUUCUUAGCACUCCACGUUAUGCUCGGUCCUUUCCAUCAUGCAGUGUCACUUCUAGAAACAAGGGGAAAUUAUGCUGGAUAUUUCCCUAUGCGAGCUGAUGUGUUGUUCCAACUGCAGACAGCCUCAGAGGAUUUCUCACAUCAGCUAUGCAUUAGUUUGUUUUAUGUCAAACUGUAAAGUCUGCCUCAAAGGAUAAGUAGCAAUUUGUCCAUUUGUGUGUGUUCCAAAAUGUGGUUGCAUCUCAGCAUUUAUGGAGAUAAAGGCAAAUGUUGGGAUAAAAGAAAGUAAUGACGGGCUUACUGAUGCAUGCAACAUCAGAUUAAAUCCUGCAUUGCAACCUAUAAAGUACAGUGCACAACAUAGAUCCCCAUGUAACAGGGUUUUUAAUGUCGUUAAAAAGUAUUUCUUUCAGCAUCACAGCUGGUGCAACCACACCCAGGAACCAGAUUACCUUCAAGUAUCUAUAAUACUCUGAUUAUUAAUACAAUAAAUUGUU